AUGGAAUCAGUUCGUAAUGGAUCUUCAAUUCGUGAAGCUGCAAAUUCGUUUCGUGUACCUUAUACAAUACUAAAUUCUCAGGUAAAUAGUGAAGUUUUAUACGAUCAAGUGGAUCGACGGACUAAAUUUACUAAAGACGAAGAAGGUUAUCUAAAGCAAGCAGCUCUUGUUCUACAAGGUAUUCCAUUAUCUAUUGAUGAAUUUCUAAAUCUAUCCAAAGAAUAUGCUUUAUUUCUUAAUAAAAGCCACUUGUUUCCAUCAGGAACAUCUACAUAUGAUUGA